AUGAAGCUUGAUGAUGCCUUGUGGGGGUAUAGGACUACCUAUAAAAAACCCAUAGGCAUGUCUUCGUAUGCGUUGGUGUUUGGGAAGGCAUGUCAUCUACCGCUGGAAUUAGAGCAUAAGGUGCUGUGGGCAGUGAAUAAGCUUAACUUUGAUUUGAAGAUGGCAGGGGAGGAGAGAAAACUUCAGUUACUCGAGCUGGACGAAUGGAGAAUUCAAGCAUAUGAAAAUGCCAAUAUCUACAAAGAACAUACAAAGCAUUGGCAUGACAAGCGACUGUGUGAAAAGAAUCUUCAGGUUGGUUAG